GUCCUGAAAUGGCAGAGGCAAGUCAAGAAACCGUUGGCGAUUCCGUUGCUGAUCUCACUUUACGUGACGAGGAGGGCGUCGAAGUUCGUUUCGGUGCUCUUUACAAGGACAAGCGGGCUUUGAUCGUCUUCGUCAGGCAUUUUCUCUGAUACGUCUGCAAGGAGUACACAGAGGACUUAGGAAAAGUCCCGGCUGAGUACCUCCAGGAAUCUAAUGUUCGAUUAGUAGUAGUAGGAUGUGCUUCAUUUAAGUUUAUCAAGGGGUUUAGGGAAAGAACAGGUUUUGGAUAUGAUUUGUACUGUGAUCCUGACAGAGUGGUCUAUCAAGCUCUAGGGCUGAAGACAACGCUAUCUACCGAAGGAGCAGGAAGCAUUCACAUCAAGUCGUCAGCUCUGAAGGGAACAUUGUCAUCAACUUGGCAAGCACUGAAAGGACUAAAGAAACAAGGGGAUUUCAGUCAACAGGGCGGCUCUUUUAUUGUGGAACCAGAUGGCAAACUCUUGUAUUCUCACAUAGAUCAGGGCACUCUGGAUCAUGUUUCAAUCAAUGAUUUAUUACAGAAAGCAGGAGUGAAGACAGUAGAUUUUGCUGCAAUUCAUGCUGGCAGCAAGUAAACUUUGAUGAUCACUAGUCAAGUGACUGCUUACUUGAGUUUAUAUUCAUACCGUUAGCUAGAUGAGAUGUUUUCAAGCAUGAAACUGUUUGUCCCAAAGGCUUCACGCAAAGGGCAGCAGUGGAAAUAGAGAAAAUAUUUCCCAAAGUCUGAUGUGUUGUAACACUCGCAACGUCCAGAGCGUCCACAUCAACCCAUCCAUCAUCUAUUGACGUCAUAUGGAAUAUGUCGAUUCUG